AUGAGUCUGGAACUGAACAGCCAAUUAUCCCUUCAAUUGCGAGAAUUCGAAGACACUCAAAAUGAUUGCGAAGAAAUACCAAAACGAGUCUUCGAUUUCUAUAGGAAUUAUUCACCGGCAUGGGAUUUGGUUAUAAAGGGAAAUGGGACCCUAAGUCCAGUCAAUGAAGGACAUUAUCAGUCGGUAAUUGUGAAUACAAACUUGCUAUUCCAAGAUUUGUGUCGUGAGUUGUUGUUUCUUGAUAGAAAAUGUAGCGAACUUAAUUUUUUCAUCAAAUAAAUCUAAUUUUCAGACUCCAAAAGCACAUAUAUUGAAUCGGAGGAUAUCGAUCAAUUCAAUAGACGCUAUAUUUAUAUGGCCAGUGGAAAAUCAAUUGAAAUAGUUGUCCAAUAUAGAGGAAAGAUCAUAUAUGUUACUAGUGUGAAAGUAACAAAGAAAUCAACAGAGGUAUUAGAGAAAAUCAAAAAUAGCUAGAGAGAAUUAUUUCAUUAUUGCAAACCGGAUAUCUACCAUCAAAAUAUGAUAAUUCAAGAACUCGAGAUGGUAUUGAGAAAGAUGAUUCAACGGAUGCUGAUGUUACAUUUGUUGAUGCUACUUUUACGAUUGAACAAGCAAGAUGCUCACCAACUCAAAUCAUUCAAAAAACACAAUCAACAAAAUCUACCAAGAUGAAUCUCUCCAAUGCCGACACCUAUUCAUCGUUUGAUAUUCAAAAAGGAAGACACGUCUCAACCACCCAAUCAUUGAAACGAAAAUUGUCCAAUUCGUCAUCAACAAUUAGUUUUGGUGAGUGUUGGUUUUUGAAAGUUGCUUAAUUUCUAAUAAUCUGAAAAAUUGUGUUUACCCUAAAAUUUUUAAAGAAAAUUUAAGACUUUUUUCCAAUUGAAAUCGAGGACAAAAAGUCAGCCUUCAAAUAUUUCAAUAAAUCAAAAAAAUUACACUUUCAAAAUAUGACAGGAAAAAGUUUCAAUUUUCUAUAAAAUUCACAAAAGCCUAAUUUUGAUGAGAACGUCAAAAUUAUUCAAAUCUUUGUGUGGCCAUUUUAGCGAGCACGAAGUAAAUUGUUUCAAUCAAUCUAUAAAAAAUCCAACAAACGAGUUUUCAAAUCGAGAAUAAAAUGUUCAUUUUUUGUGAAUUUUAAAUUUUUCAUGUUUAAAACAUUAAAAAAAUAAGUUCGUGAUUUUCAAAAUUUUUUUCUGAAAAAAAAUAUGCUCCAUUGCUUUCUAAAAACAAUUAUUAUCUGAAAAAAUCAAUUUUUCAAUUGUGUUCUGAAAAUGUCAAGUAGGCCAUGUUUUUGUGGAAGGUGAACUGUAGUUAUCACUGUAUUUUUUUUUGCAAUUCGAGGGAGACGCAGACUUUAACGUGUGUAGACAAAUCUCUCGCCGAAAAAGGGAGAGAAAUAGUGUGUGGCAGACACACAGCGUGUCGAGACCAGCGACUGUCUGCGUCUCCUCGAAAUUGCAUUUUUCUAUCAGAAAAAACAGUGUUAUUUUGUGUUAUGGGUCAAUUUCUAAUUUUCAUUAGAUAUUUACGCAAUGUUUACAGACACAACAUUGAAAAAACAAAUUUUUCAACCACUCGCUGCAUCCACUUUCACCUCGAGCUCGACAAUUCCACCGAUUCAUUAUGAUUCAGUUGCUCGUGAUGUUUUUCAAUAUACGGCUGAUGAUGAAGAUAUCGAGAGCAAGGCUGAUUCUUUUACAACAUCAACAUCGUGAGAUUUUUCAUCAAGAUAACUUUUAUCAAACUUCGAAACUUUUUCAGGUCUUCUGAUCGUAUUUCGGGGCGAAAUGUUAAAUUAGUGAGUUUUUUUUUUAACUGAUUUCGAAAAUUGUUUCAUUUUGAAGGUUCGUGAUUCGGUGGCCGAAAUGUUUAAAAAAAAGAAAAUUGAUAUGGAAAUAUUAUUCGGUCAUGGCGAUUCGAUCGGUGUACCGCCAAUCGUCUAUGUCAAACUCGGGUGAGUUUUGAGCAAAAUAUCCAGUAAAAUGUUCAUAAUUUUUUAGAAUAUGGGACGUAUUCAUGCAAAAUGAGCAAUAA